AUGAUCUUGCUCCUCUUCUUGUUUGGUCUGGCUCUGGGUGCUGAGUCUCCUUCUGAUGACAAUGAAGUGAAGCUACAACUUGAUGACCACCGAGAACUACAGCGUGGAAGCUGUCCCAUGUUCUGCUGGAACUACAACGACCGCUGCUACAAAUAUGUCGCCACACACAUGACCUGGGCUGAUGCAGAGAUCUACUGUUUGUCAGAGGGAGCCAACCUGGUGUCUGUCCACAGUGAAGAUGAACAUAAUUUUGUGAAAUCCCUGAUUCAGAACUUUGACCAUGCUGGGGUCACCUGGAUUGGACUCAGUGACAAACACAAGGAAGGCACUUGGAUGUGGUCCGAUGGUUGUCCGUUGCAUUUUGUUAACUGGAGUCCAACACAACCAGACAACGAGGAGAAUGAAAACUGUGGUCACACCAAUGUAGUAAUAGAUAAGAAAUGGAAUGACUACAAAUGUGACAUCGCUUUACCUUCUGUAUGUGCAACACGCACAACCUGUUCUUAA